AUGGACAUGGGAACAAGAACUGUCACCGAGCAGCCAUGGUGGACCCUGCCUGAAAACUUUGUUGCUCCGAUGGUGGUCCACAUGGAAGCGGACCAGGAGGAGCUUAUCUUCGGGCACAAUGACACAUACCUUCCCUGCAUCGAGAUGAACAGCCGCACCCUUAUCCAGCUGGAGAGCUGGUUCACAGCUACAGGCCAGACUCGUGUGACUGUAGUGGGACCACGCAGGGCCAGGCAGUGGCUGCUGCACAUGUUCUGUUGCGUGGGGAGCCAGGACCCCUGUCGUCAUGCUCGAGGUCUCGAGAUGCUGGAGCGUGUGCGGAGCCAGCCCCUGACCAACAAUGACCUGGUCGCCUCCAUUAGCGUGCCACUGUACACUGGAGACCUGUCUGUGUCUCCCAGGAUAAGUGGAACCAUCUGUUUUAGCUUUCGUCAGCCUUCCCCUUACCGAGUGAUUGGCUACUCGGAAUUCCAUCUCUGA